AUGAAGCGACUCGUCUCAUCACUUGAUCCCACAAUCUUUUUAUCGAAGGUUCUGUCCAUGCUGGAGUUGGACAUCAUCGUCUGUUCCACGUCGGGCAAGCCUGUCUUUCGCCAUAAAUUGUCCACCUCAACGACAACCUGUUCAUCGGUAGAGGACGAUGCGUCCACCAGUUCGUUUACCAGCUCGCUUCAAGGUCUCUUGUCGUUUGUGGUCUGCACGCAACAAGAAGAACUGCUGGAGCUUCAUACUGCUGGCUGUCGUUGCGUCUUCCGCAGUGUCGACAACCUCACGUUUGCUGCUAUUGAACGGGAUGUCGACAAAGACAAUAGUGUCCACCACAGGAGGACAUCGAGUUACGCGUUGGAAUGUCUGCAGCAUCUGCUGCGCUUGCUGCAGAGCCAGAUCUUGUUGGUGCUGAGCGACCGAGGACUCGACGUACUAAAGAGACAACCAGGAUACGAUCUGCGUGAACUUCUCAAUGGAACGGACAGAGUCACGAGGUCGUUGACAGAGCUCUGGGCAGUGUCACCUACGCUGAGAUUCAAGGACUGUGGGGUGCCUUUCCUUCGACUGAAACCGGAGCGACGACGUGAAGUCACGAGAGCUUUGGAAUAUGAGGCGACCAGCGAGAACCCAACGUCGACAAUGAUAUGCGGCCUAUUGUUGGCAAAGGAGCAGGUGGUGGCUAUUGCACAGCCAAACAAGAAGCAAUUCAACAUGUUGGUUGAUGACCUGAUACUGCUGAUCAAUUUCGUGUAUCACACGCCGUCACUAGUAAAGUCCGAGACGUGGACACCAAUUUGCUUGUCAAGCUUUGAUGCCCGAGGAUUUCUGUACGCGUAUGUGGUCUUCUUGACGAAUGACGUGUGUUUGCUGCUACUGAGCAGCCAGCAAUCUCCAGAGCAAUUCCUUCACUUCCAAGCAAAGAAAGAGUUUGUGGCGCAGCGUCUUCAGGAGAUUGGUGCUAUGGAUGAUAUUGAGGUUUCACUGAAGAACCGUUCCGAGUGGCAACCUCAUAGCGAUCUGCCACUGCUGCAGCAUUUCAUCUACAAAAACGAACUCACAGGUGAGUGCGCUGAACCCGAGUUGACAUUCCCAUUCGACAAUGAGGAUUUUGGCACUCGUUUGGAGCUGAUGAACCAGUACGCUACGGUACACCAUUUGAUGUUCCCGACGCCGGCAGAUCAUCAAGCUCGUGAGAGCCAAGUGUUGGGCAAGCGGUUAUCAUCAUUGCAAGAAGCCACUGCGGCACGUAUGGUGUACGAGCGCAGCAAAAUGGGUCUCUUUGUAGGCAUGUGCAGUGCUGACUAUCGGUUGUUCGUGUGGUUCGACUCACUCGUGACCAUCUGUGACGCUCGUGAACAAAUACAAGUGCUGCUUGAUCGACUUCGCCACGAUGAAAAGCUCAUGUCCAUCGCUCUCUUCCUUUCCAGCAGCGGGUUUCCGUCCACCAGCUUGCUCGGGAUGUGGCCUUGA